GGGCGGUGGGGCGGCAACCAGAGAGCGCGAGGCGACGCGGAGCGAGCUGCGGAGAUUAGAGUUUUUGCGCUGCGCUCCCGGGGCGCAGGAAAAUCAGUGCGCCGUCACCUGCCAGGAGACCUCCCGCCGAGCCCGAGAAGAGAGACAGAGGCUGGCACGGUAACGGAGGACGGUUUACACCCAGACUGUAGAUCAGCGAGCCAACCACAGGAGCACCGAAGCGGCCGCCGCAUCGCUCCCCAGCCUCUCCUGUGGAAGAAAUCCGGUCCUGAGCAGGAAAAAGAGCGUUCAGAGAAGCCGGUGCUCAACAAGAAGCAGAGGAGGGUGAACGGAGGAGACGCUCUGAAUACAGCUCAACAGAAUCAGAUGAAAACGGAGGAAUUAUUUCAACAUUUGGACUGAGUCAGGCUCCGUGGAUUCUUCUCUUAUCUUUUUUUUACCCUGUCUGCUUCUGUCGGAGAGCGAUUCAUUGAAACUGACAUUAAUCUUUUGAGUCACACUAAAGUCGGACUUUAACAUCUGCCUAAAAGAUGAAAGGCUGGGGGUUUUUUUGUCUUCGCGAGUGCUUUGACUGCCAAGUUUGAGAAGUACUGUGGGAAUCUAAGCGGAUUUUUUUUUCACUUUCAUAAUCCUUUUCAUAUUCUCUUGUGGUUAUCUGUUAUCUCAGUCUCUGUUUUGCUGAUAAGGUUUUGUUUCCAAUCAAACAAAAGAGAGGAGGGAGACUGUUACUCAAGUUUCUCAGCCUCAAACCUGAGUAGCAUUUGCAUUCCAGUUUGGCUUCACAAGUGGACAAAUCCUCCCUUGUGUGUCUGAUAGAGUGUGUUUGAGUAGUUCAGAGUCCCUCGGUAUAAGGGGACAAUUACCCACCCUGUCUGUCUCUUCUGGGAAAAAUGGGAUCAGAAAAGGACUCUGAGUCGCCUCACUCCUCGGUGAAUGGCGUUCCCAACCCUAAGUGCCGUGCGGCGGGCAAACGCCAGGGCCGCAUCUCCUUCAGCCUCUUCCACGGUAAACGGAGCUCUCGGGGAACCAGGGCCCCCAAAGGAGGAGCGGCCACCCCUUUAUCUCAUCAUCACCAACAUCACCACACGCAACAACAGCUGCUUCCUUCUGCCUUGAGUUCUGCAGCUGCUGCAGCUGCUGCUAACCCCACCACAACCACCACCGCCACAACCGCUACGACCCCCCAGGAUGCAGCCUCCGGCACCCCCUCAAAGCCACUCUCCUCCAGCCAGCCGUCUCUGGGCGGAGGCGCUUCCUCCGGGGAGGCCAAUCUUCUGGAGUGUCCCCUGUGCCUGGUGCGUCAGCCCGCUGACCAGCUCCCCGAGCUGCUGGGCUGCAGCCACCGAUCCUGCCUCUGCUGCCUGCGCCAGUACCUCCGCAUUGAAAUCACAGAGAGCCGAGUCCAGCUCAGCUGCCCCGAGUGUGCCGAGAGGCUGGCCCCGCGGCAGGUGGCCGACAUCUUGGAUGAUACGGCCCUGAUGGAGAAGUAUGAGGAAUUCCUACUGAGGAGGUGCCUCGCUUCUGAUCCGGAUUGCCGAUGGUGCCCGGCGCCCGACUGCGGGUUCGCCGUCAUCGCCUCGGGCUGUGCCAGCUGUCCCCGGCUGGUUUGUCGCAGAGAAGGCUGCGGCGCGGAGUUUUGCUACCACUGCAAACAGGCCUGGCACCCCAACCAGACCUGCGACUCGGCCCGCCAACAGAGGGCGCAAUCUCUGCACACCCACAGCAACCACUCGCCCAGCUACACGCAGGAGCAAGGACCCGCUGAUGACAUCAAGCCAUGCCCCCGCUGUGGCGCCUACAUCAUCAAGAUGAACGACGGGAGCUGCAAUCACAUGACCUGUGCCGUCUGCGGCUGCGAGUUCUGCUGGCUCUGCAUGAAGGAGAUCUCCGAUCUGCACUACCUCAGUCCAUCCGGCUGCACCUUCUGGGGCAAGAAGCCGUGGAGCAGGAAGAAGAAGAUUUUGUGGCAGUUGGGAACUCUGAUCGGAGCUCCGGUUGGCAUCACUCUCAUCGCAGGCAUCGCUGUUCCUGCCAUGGUCAUCGGCAUCCCGGUUUACGUCGGCCGCAAGAUCCACGCCCACUACGAGCUGAAGAAGACGUCUCGUCACCGAAGGAAUCUGGCCAUCACGGGGGGCGUGGCCCUGUCAAUCAUCACCGCUCCUGUCAUCGCAGCCGUCAGCGUGGGUAUCGGUGUGCCCAUCAUGUUGGCCUACGUGUACGGUGUCGUGCCCAUCUCUCUGUGCAGAGGAGGUGGUUGUGGUGUGAGCAGAGGAAAGGGGCGUGGUGUGCGGAUCGACUUUGAUGAGGACGAUGGGCCAAUCACAGUGGCGGACGCCUGGCGAGCCCUCAAGUCUCCGAGCCUCGGUGAGAGCAGUCUGGAAGGGGCGGUCAGCGGUCUUAGCACCACCUCUCCCAGCGAGGGGCUCUCCGUGGCCCCAGGGACUCUGGGCGACACUCCACACUUUAACACCCUGGCCAGUGGCGCUCUGGGGACUCGCACAAGCAAGUACAGCAGGCUGGAGGUUCAAGCAGGGGAACUUGCCAAAGAAUCAGCCCAGAGAGAGACGGGCAGCCUAGGAGCUGGGAGCGACUGUGCCAGCACCCGAGGAAUGGCCGGAUCCAUCAUCUCCUCCUACACUCUACCUGACAGGGAGUGCACCAACCUGGAGAUCCAGGUGGACAUUGAGACCAAACCCAGCCAUCUCUGCCUGACCAGCGAAGAGGACUUAACCCCGCAUCCGGGCUGUGCUGCCAUGGCGACCGCCUCAGGAGGGGAGGAGCCUCAGGACUGCAGCUCCAGAAGGGGCGGGGCGUUGUCUGGCUCAGCACUGGGGCUGUCACCAGGAACGUCAAUCAGGGAGGGGCUCAGAGACGUCACCCUGGCUCAGCCGGAGAGCAUCCGCAGCGACCUGGAGAUGUCAGACACUCAGUCAGACGACAUCGCAGAGCUGACGUCGGACGACUGCGACUCUCCUCACCCGAAAAGCUGUCACCCGGCGGCCGGCCAGCAGCCUCAGCCCCCCUCGUGCCGAGCUGUGAACCCCUCCACCGAAGGCCUUCACUGUCCUGCAGACAGCAACGUCAUCCUCUACGUCUGAGAGAAAAGCAGCUCUCAGGAUUGCACAGAAACAACCCCGAACAUUUACAUUUAAACUUGUCACAGCUUUUUUUUUUUCCUCGUGUCAUCUCUCGUUUGCUGCUUUUGCGACUCACAGACACCGUCUUAAACACAGACAGCAUCUGUUUACGUUGGUCUGUCUGUCUUCUCUUUCUACCUGCCAAUCUACUCUCUGAGCAAAUUGUCAGGGUUCUACCUCUGAGAUUUAUAAGAUGAUGAUUUAUGUUUACUCCUUGGUGCAAAAUGCCUUGGCUACUUAAGCAAAAAAAAGAAAAAAGGAAAAAAAAAGAGAGAGCAAGAAAAAAAAACAAGAGGUACAAAUUUUCCACGGGAACUGAAAUUAUGAAAUACGGUGAAACGUCACCAAGCACAGCAGAGAGAUGGUGAUUGCUGGGAAAGCAGAGGAGGCUUGCCGAGGAUGAGGAGGGUGUUUUUAAAAACGUGUGAAUGAAUGUGGACUUCGUACUCAGUUAUUGUGGCUUUAUUUUGACAGUUUUCCUCUAUUUAUAUUCGGACGACCUUGAAAUUGUAUUAUUUGCGGUGUGCAUGAGUCUGCAUGAGCCAUUCCUUGUGUGGACGGUUGUAAAAGGGCGGCAAGUUUCUGUUACACUUGUGAAAGUUAAAGUUUACUUUGGAGGAUGAAGCUGCACUUGAAUCUCGCUUUCACUGCACAGAGGAGGAGAGGGAGGAGGAGGAGGAGGAGAAUGGACAUAGAGAUUAAAAAAAAUAAAAAAUAAGGGUCACUGCUACAGAAGUAAACGACAGAGUUCUGACAAUGCCAUGACAGAUCCUGGAAGUACUGUGAAAAGCACGGCGAGAAAAAAAAGACAGCCCAGUGUGAAGGUUUGUCUGCUUUCCACAAAUCAGCACUAAACAAGCAUUGAACAUUUCAUGAAUAAAGCUCUGUGAAGCUUUUUUAUAGGCAGGAAUGUAUCGUAAAAAUGGAAAAACAAAAAAGUCCUGCUGGUUUCCUUUUUUUUUCAGUUACAUUUAUUUAUAACCUACAUUAAUGCAGAAAGCGAUACAGUUGCUUCCAGGCUGCCUAUUCAAUGAUCAGUUGUCUCUAUUACACAUGCUAAUGCGGCGAAGCAAUUCCAGCUAACAUUCUGCUAGCAGCUAGCUAACAGCAGAACGCCACGGCGUCAAAGCUGGCACAAAAUAAUAUGAACUUUUUUGGGGGGUUUUUUACCUAAAAAGGAUUAAAUAACUUUAUUAAUCGGUAAGACUUCACCUUCACUUCACUUCAGACACUUGACCUGAAAAGGCGUUCUCCUGUCGCUGUCAGAACUCUGUCACCGUGUGGUUCUGAGGUAUGUCACAUGACCAAGUUAGUGUUUUACAAUUGGCUGUCUGCCUGCCUUAUCGACACUCGCUGACCAACACAACAGCACACACCCGUUUGGGAGGUUUUGGUUUCUGACGUGUUAACUGGCUGUCGGGCCCACUUGAAUGUUGUGUGUUGUGCGUCUGUGUGAAUGAACUCCCGAUGAAUGUAUAUGUGCGUCCCACUUUUAUUUUAUUUUAUUUUUUUGAAUGAGCACUUGUGCACUUUAUCUGAAUUAUUGUAUUUAUCUUUUCUUUUUUUUUGCUAUUCAUCAUCUGUUGCGAUAAAGUGAGUUUACUUCAGUCUGUGGUACAACCAAAAUAAAUCACCUACCAGAGGGCCUUUUAUGUUGGAUGUAACUAAAGAAGAGUUUGGCUCCAAAAAAAAAACAAAAAAAAUAUAUUCAUUGUCAUAUUUGUCAUUCAGUAUUUUUAACUUCAAUGACAUUUAAGGUGUUUUUAAUCAAUUUUGUGAUGAAAAUACUGUAAUUUUUUUGUUUCUUUUUUUUAUAUUCUGUAAUUUAUGUUGUUCUAAUCAUUCAUACAAGUCAUUGUGACUUUUGGAGCCAAACACUUUAAAUACUGAUGCCGAUAAGCUUUUCUUAAUCAUAGCUUGACUUGUUUCUUAGCUUUGUAUCACCUCUGUGCUUCUGUUUUCUAAACAAAAGAAGAAAAAAAAGAAAGAAAAACAAAAGGUUUCCCCAUCAGGUUUUUCCUUGAACCUGUGAGGAAUCAACCCGGGAGCCUUUUUCAUCUCAGAGUAGCUUUAUGGAUUUAGCUGCUUAUGUGAUUUGGCAGUGCUUUGUUUGGUCUACACUUAUCACUAGUUUUUGCCUGCCUGCCUCUGAGAAACCACAUGAAUGUACCACGGAUGGAAACCCCAACUUCCUGAAAGAGUCUAAAUGAGUGUUAAAGGAUGGAUAUAGGUGGUCCUGAUCUUAUUUGAAAGGGUUAGCAUUUAUAGAUAGCAAUAUUUACGUGUUAUUAUACUGUUUGUGUAUUUCCUGUCACUGUUAAAAGCCCCGAAAUUGUGUGGGGAUGGACAUGCAGGACUGUGAAAGACAACUUGUGGACCUUUGGGGACAAAAUAAAUAAACACAAACUGAUGUUGCACCAAU